AUGUCUACAGAGCAAGUUCCAGUCUCACUCCCACUUGUGGGGGGCAAGAAGACUACGUUGGAGCAUCCUCUUGGUCCAUUGACAGCUGGUGAAAUAUUGGAGAGUUCGAGAAUUGUUAAGGAAUCAUGGCCUGCGGAGGCUAUAUUUCAAUUCAAGACAAUUACACUUCAGGAACCAGAUAAGGCUGAAUUGGUCCCAUUUCUCACUGCUGAGCAUUCGGGAUCCGCUCUCCCAAAGGUUGACAGGAGGAGUUUCGUGGUUUACUAUCUUAAAAAUACUAUUGUUCAGGAAUUGAUAUUAAUGGGCUUUUUGCAGGAUAAAUUACACGAAGCUAUCGUCAAUCUUUCUACUGGAGAGGUAGAGAGCAAUGUCAGACUUGGCCCGAAUGUUCACAGCGGCGCCGAUGGAGAAGAAAUCGUAGCAGUGGAGAUAGCUGCCUUGGAGGAUGCGGGAGUGAAGGCCGAGAUUGCAAAGCUUCAAUUGCCAGAAGGGACUGUCGUUGUUUGCGACCCAUGGAUUUAUGGCUCUGAUGGAAUAAACGAUGGCAUUUUCACCGACGAAAAGCGCUUUUUUCAGUGCUUUCUUUACAUUCGAGACCCAAAGAAUCCUAAUGAGGCAGAUGGCAACCAUUAUGCUAUGCCUCUUACCAUUUCUCCAGUCGUCAGUGCAGAGACUAUGAAAGUUACACGUAUCGAUAUCAUGCCAACUGGAGCCGAUCAUACAAUCAAGGAGCUCUCGCCAUAUAAAGUCCAACCUGCCAACGAAUAUAUACCUGAAGCACAAGAUCUCCGAAACGAUCUUAAGCCAUUGAACGUCAUUCAACCAGAAGGUGCUUCGUUCGAAGUAUCUAAUUUCAGUGAACAAGGACAUACUGUUGCGUGGCAAAAAUGGACCUUCAAGGUUGGUUUCAACCAAAGAGAAGGCAUGGUUCUUUACGAUGUUCAUUAUGAUGGACGUCCUCUCUUCUACAGAUUGUCUCUCUCAGACAUGAACAUCCCAUAUGCCGAUCCUCGUAACCCAUUCCACAGAAAAGCAGCCUUCGAUCUCGGUGAUGCAGGAGCGGGUAUCAUGGCAAACAACCUCCAGCUCGGAUGUGAUUGUCUCGGUUCGAUCCACUAUCUCUCCGCUGUUCUCAACGACGCGAAAGGAGAAGCCCUCGAGAUGCCCAACGUAGUAUGCAUCCAUGAGCAAGACAACGGUAUCGGAUGGAAACACACCAACUACAGAACCGGCCGCGCAGCAGUCGCCCGUAACAGAGAACUCGUUCUUCAAUCUAUCAUUACCGUGGCAAACUACGAGUAUAUCCUCGCAUUCCAGUUCAAUCAAGCCGGAGAAGUCAUGUACGAAGUUCGUGCCACCGGUAUCCUCUCCACUCAGCCCAUCGACGAAGGCCUCACAGUCCCAUGGGGAACCGUUGUUCAUCCUGGUGUUCUCGCCUCCCACCAUCAACACAUCUUCUCCCUACGCGUCGACCCCAUGAUCGAUGGUCCCCUCAAUAGUCUCGUCUACGAAGAAGCACACCCCAUGCCCCGUAACGACUUCAACCCACACGGUGUCGGUUACACCGUCGACACCACUCCCAUCACCACAUCCGGCGGCUACGAUCUCAACUACGACGUCAACCGCACCUUCAAAAUCCAAAACUCCUCCAUCAAGAACCCCAUCAACGGCAAACCCGUCGCCUACAAAAUCCACGUCCCUCCCUUCCAAAAAAUGCUCGCCGACCAAGAAUCUUUCCAUUUCAAACGCGCCGAAUUCGCAGACCACAAUAUCUACGUCACCUCCUACCGCGACAACGAACUCUACGCCGGAGGCAAAUACACAAACCAAUCUCGCGGUGGCACCGGUGUGCGUUCUUUCGCGGCACGACAGGAUAAUGUCGCGGAUGAUGAUAUUGUCGUUUGGGUCCAAUUUGGAAUCAACCACGUACCACGCAUUGAGGAUUUCCCAGUCAUGCCCGUGGAAAUCAUCAAGGUGGCACUAAAACCCGUUAAUUUCUUCACCAAGAAUCCAGCAUUGGAUGUCCCGCCUUCAGAACAAAGUUUCAAUAAGAGUGUAUUGGCAAAGGAUAGUGCGGCGCAACAUCAUCAAGAGUUGGGGACUGCUGUUGUAGGGGCAAAGGGGGAUCUGUGUUGUGUGAAGGAUGGAAGUAAGUUGUGA